AUGGAGAAUAAUAAAACUCGUCCACAGGAAGAUACUAUAACCCGUCACGGGCAUCCGGUUGAGGUUCACAAAGUUUCCACACGGGACGGUUACAUAUUAAGUGUUGUACGAAUACCAAGAAAUGGUCGUCAACCGGUCCUUCUGGUGCAUGGUUUACUAUCGUCGUCGGCCGAUUGGACAGCGUUGGGGAAUCAAUCAUUGGGUUUGCGUAUCUUUGGAGCCGACUACGACGUUUGGCUAAUGAAUGCUAGAGGAAAUGCCUUUUCCCGUCGCCACUCCAAGAUCAGUGCCACUAGUAAGAAGUUCUGGGCGUUCAGUUGGCAUGAAAUCGGAAUUUACGAUCUUCCUGCAGUGAUAGACCACAUUCUACAGGUAACUAGUUAUCAAUCGUUACAUUAUAUCGGCCACUCUCAGGGGUGUACGGUUUUUUGUGUAAUGAGUUCAAGUUUACCGCAGUAUGAUCGUAAGAUUAAAACUGGCCACUUGAUGGCACCGGCUGUCAUGAUGUUUCGUACUUACUCACCGCUUAUUCGAGCGAUAAUUCCGAUGACAAAAGAGCUCAAAAUGUUUCAUAAACAGAUGCUGGCUGGGUUGUUGGGAUAUUGGGAAAUCCUCGGUCGGUCUGACGACUCCUUUCUCGGAACAAUGGAGGCCACUAUGCUGCAAUCUAUACCACCAGAAACAUUCAUGUUCGUAGUGAAUGCAAUUUCUGGAAUGCGACCACUGCAAAUUAAUCAAUCAAAGCUAAUUAGGCAAAUAAUUGAAACAUUCCCGUCGGGGUCGUCAUUGCUGCAACUCGAACACUACGCUCAAGUAAUUUCAUCCGGAAAUUUCCAACAGUUUGACCACGGAACUAAGGAAAACCGGGUACGGUAUAACGCUUCGAAACCACCCAGCUACAGACUGGAGCGGAUUCAAUCUCCGUUGGCGCUUUACUACAGUGAUAAUGAUUGGUUGGUAGCGGUGAAGGAUGUUCAACAACUGAAGUCGAGGCUGCGAAAUCUAGUUUUCGAGUAUCAUGUCGAAGCACCACAGUUCAAUCACGUAGACUUUUUGUUCGAUAAGGAUGCUUCUAAGUUAUACGAUGAAAUCAUACGGAUUCUGAAGGAAAGCGAUAGUCAAUAG